AUGGAGAGAUUGGUUUCAAGCGCUAUUGAGCAAGAUAAAAUCACUACUCAGCUCUCUAUAUAUCGAAAUGCAAAAGGACUAUUUGAGAGGAAUGUGACAAUUAGACAUAGAAGAGCAUUAUCUCCAACAGAAUGGUGGGAAUGCUACAAAGCAAAUACCCCAGAAUUACAAAAAUUUACUAUUAAAGUGCUUAGCCUCACUUAUAGUGCUUCCGGCUGUGAGCGCAAUUGGAGUGUAUUUGAGCAAUUCACAGCAAAAAAAAGGAAUAGGCUAGCUCAGCAGUCUUUAAAUGAUUUGGUAUUUGAGAAAUACAAUCGUGCCUUAAAACUUCGGUAUGAUGCACGUGAUAAGAUUGACCUCAUCUAUUUGACAGAUAUUAAUGAUAGUAAUGAAUGGUUAAUGGAUAAAAUGGAUGGAGAAAGUGAUAAUGAAGAAGAUGAGUUGGUUUUUGAAGGUGAUGACUUGACAUGCGAUGUCGUUGCUAAGGCUAGUGGAGAUGAAGAGCCAGCAUAUUGUACUAGAGGAAAAAACAUUGCAUCCAUGACCUCUAGUUCACAUGCUAGGCCUACACAAGUCGAGAAGGGAAAUACAUCUUCCUCUAUGAGACACUCAUCUCUAAGACUUAGAGAUGAAGACGAAGAAGAAAUUGAAUUUUAA